UAGCACGUCUUGCCGGGCGUGGCAUGCUCUUCUCAGCCGGAGGGGAGGAGGCAACAGCCGUAGUGUGCUCCGGGGCUGCUGGAUGCUCCAUGAUGGAUGAGGGAUGACAGAUCGAGGUUAGCCGCCGGGGGAGUCCAUUUUCCUGCAGCGCACGGUCCUAUACCCGGACAGAAAGUAAAGGAAGGAAGAUAAGGAGAGAGCAUCAACGCCCCCCCCCCUCUCUCUCUUUCCCUCUUGUUUCACUCUCCCUCCUCUCCAGCGCAUCACAGUCUAGCGGGCUUUACACGCCGACUGCACCGCAUUGCCGCUGCCGCCGACCCAGCCCAGUGAACUAACGCGCAGAGGGGAGCACAGCUGGAAAUUAAAUGCUGCAGAGCGUGUGUUUGGAAAAUGCUUCAUUUUGCAUCACUCGUUUCCUCCCCUCUGCGUGCUUGUCCGAUUACCCCAAGACUCUGAACGCUGACUGAGAAGAAAACUGCGAUUUGGGGAUAUUUUUUGCUGCGGGCUUUGCAAGGAUUGCAGCUCAUCGCGAGGAUGGACUAAAGCUGCGCUCGGUGAUCCAACUCCUGGACCAUGCGGGUUCUGCAGCCUUGGACGUUAGUCAUAAUAUUCGGCCAUGCAGAUGUGCUGUUAUCCCUGAAAGAUAAUAAUGCAGAAGUUGGGAGCAAAGACGACGGCAUCAGCGGCGGCUACUCCGGCAAGGCUUUCCACGGUCCGCCCCGGGAGAGCGGUCAAAACAAAGCCCGAGAACGCGCGCUCCUCCCGGGAUACGCCACAGGUGCGACCCUCAACUCCACUCGGCCGUGGAGGAAGGCGGCAGCGGGGGAGACGAGGAGAGCCGUCCACGGCAAACGCGUCUUCAAUAGGAGCGUGACACCCGUGGAGGAUCCCAUCGGAGUCCCCCACUGGGACGCGACGCGCCAUCACAAUAAGAGGAUAAAGUUGAAUGGGAGCGCGGGGACGCCGGCAGGUGGACACAACAAUGCGGCUAAGCCCCCUUCAAUGGCUCGGCAAGACGGAGGAGGGGUGCCGGAGGAGGGGGACAAGCACCAGCGAGGCUCAAAGGCGGGGAAGAGGUGGAGGACCAAACAGAACCGAAGCGCCGUGGUUCUGCCGCCGUGGGAACCCGUCCCCAAACCGGUGGCUCUCACCUCCACCGACCUCCCGUUCGACCUCUUCACCCGGCGGCCCGAGUUUUUCACCUUCAGGGAGGACAACCCGUGGGACGCCACCCCGAUCACGCCUCCCGGCUCGCCGGAUUUCGGAGACGAGAUCAAGAACCCGUUCUAUCCGGUGACGAGCGAAACUUUCGGCGCUUACGCCAUCACGUGCGUGUCGGGCGUCAUCUUCCUGGUGGGCAUCGCGGGCAACAUCGCCAUCCUGUGCAUCGUGUGCCAGAACUACUACAUGAAGAGCAUCUCCAACUCCCUGCUGGCCAAUCUGGCCGUGUGGGAUUUUGUGCUCAUCUUCUUCUGCCUGCCCAUGGUGGUUUUCCAUGAGCUCACCAAGUCAUGGCUCUUGGGAGAGUUUACCUGCAAAGUGGUGCCCUAUGUGGAGGUUGCCUCCUUGGGCGUGACUACCUUCACCCUCUGUGCACUCUGCAUUGACCGCUUCCGUGCUGCCACCAAUGUCCAGAUGUACUACGAAAUGAUCGAAAACUGCACUUCCACGACAGCCAAGUUGGCAGUCAUCUGGAUCGGCGCCCUCCUCUUGGCCCUCCCGGAGCUCCUCAUUCGACAGCUCGUGGUGGAGGACACAGGACUGCCGGACGAGCCCCCAGUCGAACGCUGCAUUAUCAGGAUAUCCACAUCCCUUCCUGACAUGCUCUACGUGCUUGGCCUGACCUACGAGGGGGCUCGGCUGUGGUGGUGCUUCGGCUGCUACUUCUGCCUCCCAACCCUCUUCACCAUCGGGUGCUCGCUGGUGACGGCGCGCAAGAUCCGGCACGCCGAGCAGGCCAGUGUUCGCAGCAAUAAGAAGCAGAUCAGGCUGGAGAGCCAGAUGAACUGCACCGUGGUGGCUCUAGCAAUCGUGUAUGGCGCGUGCGUGGUGCCCGAGAACAUAUGCAACAUCGUGUCUGCAUACAUGGCGGCAGGUGUCCCAGAGCACACCAUGUCCAUCCUGCACCUCCUCUCCCAGCUGCUGCUGUUCUGUCGGGCCGCCGUGACUCCGGCGCUGCUGCUCCUGCUGUGUCGUCCGUUAGGGAGGGCCUUCCUGGACUGCUGCUGUUGCUGCUGCUGUAACCACGUACCCUCCUCGGCCACAGCCAGUGACGAUAACGAGCACGAGUGCACUACUGAACUGGAGCUGUCGCCGUUCAGCACUAUCCGCAGGGAACUGAGUAACUACACCCCGGCCGGCUCCAACUGCUGAGCCGACAGCCCCGAUCAGGGAGGGCAGUUUUGAUGGCCGGUUUGUGGCUUGUGUUUCUUGUGUUUGGCUAAGAGACGUUUGCCUUAUCUAGU